CGCAUAUAGACAGCCGCUUUUUUAACGCAGGAAAGCAAAUAAUUAUAUAAGAAUGUCACGAAGCAACGAAUAGCAAGAACUUUAUAAAAUAAGCAUGGAAAACAUAUCUACAGAGUAUUUGAAAGAAUUGUCUUGUCCAACAAAGGAUCAAGGUUUGAAAAGCGAAUUGUUAGAAAACGAAGGUCACUUACCACACACCGAUGGUUCCGCAGAAUGUCCUGAUAUAUCAGAUGUCAUUGUUGACAUAUCUAAAGUUACAGAGGAAGGUGUUUCUAUCAAUAACGAUACCAGUGAAAGAUUUGUCAGCGUUCUUGAAAGGCGGAGGAUGUUGAGAAAAUCAGAGGAGGAAAAGGAAAUUGAUUGGAAAGUAUCUGGAAAAGUUGACGAGGAAGAAAUGAAAAGUAAGGUUGAAAGUCUUUUAAGUAAACUAAAAGUCCGUUUUAGUGAGGAAAGGGAAGCUAGAAAGAGUAUAGUAAAACCAAACCGUUCAUACUCUAAUUUCUGUAAUAGUGUUGACGCUUUCUUACGACAUAUUGAAACACCGAAAAUUGAUAUCAAUUACUCGAAAGUCAAUGAUAAUUCACAAGGUGAAGAACUUUAUAGCUUUGGUGUUAGGCCCGCAAGUAUUGGUAAAAAUAGAAAGAUCAGAUCAUUCGACACUCAUGUGAAUGAUUGUCUUAUCAAUAUCCUACCGACAAAGGAAAACGACGAUGAAGUAGCUGAGAAAGAUGUAGAUGGUGUUGAAAGCGUCAAAGAUAAUUCUGUUAGUAAAGAAGUUAUUGAGCCACAUAUCGAUCAUAUUGGCAGUGACACACUGUUUGACAAAGCGAGUGAAUUUCAAGCAAUUCUCUACUACAGUUCCUCAUCCCCUGACGACAAAAUGUGUCCCGCCAUUUUUACAGACGACACUUUGCUACAUCACGAAGCAGACGACAAUAUUUUGAAGCAGGAAAUAUUCGACAAUAUGUUACUGCGAGGAUCAGGCGACAAUAUUGUACUACAAGGAAAUGACGGGUGCCAGUUUAAUCCGUUUGCUAACGAUAUGUGGACAUACGAAAAUCUCAAUCCAUUGCAAUGUGGAAAAUUCAGUCCUUGUCCAAGAGACAUGCCAAUGUUCUUUAAAGAAGUAUACCCGCAAAAUAUAUCUUCAGUUACCCAGUAUUCACCAGCAUUCAAUCGCACUAAUGCUUCCAUAGUACCAUUUACAGAAACAGUCCCGUUUACAAAAAGGCACCUAUCAAUUUGCGGAAUAAACAUGACUGUUCCAUUGAAAUAUCUGAAGAAAAUUGUCAACGACUACGCAUAUCAGUUCUUGAUAUAUGCCAAACCGACAUCAAAGAAAGUUUAUGGUUUUCCUGCAGACGAAAAUUUAAUUGGAUACCUUCAGCCAGUACAACCCAUUAUCCAUCUGUUGACAUUUAAAGAUAUAAAUGGUAUCAUUUCACUAAUAACUGUCAUGUGUCCAAUAACCAAACAUUACGUUUUAGACAUAUGUAUGAAGCCAUCAAGCAAAUUUAUCACUGUCGGAAACUUAAAACCUAAACAGAGACAUGUCUUCAACAUAUGUGAGAAGCCAACAAAUAAACAACUGCAUGGCGUAUCUGAACACAAAAUAUCUAAAGUGCCGCAGAUUUUCAAUCUAAGCCUUGAAGACGAGCGCGUGACAAACACCGCAACAACAGCAGACGAUCAAAAUGUAUUUGCAGACGACAGUCAACGAGCGGGAAACGAGAAAAUCAUUGACGAGUGGGAUGAUGUAGGUUCGUUUGGGAUAAUGUCCAUCUAUUGUAACAGUGAGAUUCAUUCCGGGUAUGCCAGAGUACCAGACGAUCCGCCAGACAGUAUCCAACUGAAGUAAAAAGAGAGAACAAAGUUAUUAUAUGACAAUCAGUUAUUUUU